AUGAUUGGAACACAUCAUAGCUAUAUUUUUUCUGAUGGCUCGGGUUUUCACAAAGGAUAUAGAUUUCUGAACAAAGAAUUCGUAGUGAACAAACUGAAACUUGUCGCAAUCGGAAAGGGUUUCGAGUUUGCUACAAAGAAGUCCAACAAAUCAUUGGUAAGUGUUGCAUGUGUUGAAAAAAACUGCAAGUGGAGGGUUCGUGUUGUUAAGUAUAUUAGCUCAAAUGCCUUCCGUAUCACAAAAUAUGAGCCUAAUCACUCUUGUGACUUAAGAUCUAUAUCUGGUAGACAUAGGCAUGCUUCUGCCAGCGUUAUUGCAGAAUUUAUCAAAGAGAGGUUUAGAGAAGGAAAAUGUCCUAUACCGAAGGAAAUAAUGAACAUUGUGAGUAUAGAGUUGGGAUGUGAUGUUAGUUACUGGACAUGCUGGAAGGCCAAGCAACUUGCACAAAAUAUGAUAUGGGGAACACCGGAACACGGAUACGCGACACUGGAAGCAUAUCGGUACGAGAUUGAAAAAGCAAAUGAAGAUAGCUUUACGGCUUUGGAGGUUCAAGAUGGCAGAUUUUUAUAUUUUUUUGUUUCCUAUGGGCCAUGCAUAAGAGGAUUUAAGAACAUAAGAAAUGUCCUCGUUGUGGAUGGCACUUUUUUAACGGGCCAAUUUGGUGGUGUAAUGCUAAUUGCAAGUGGACAGGAUAGUGAAAAUCAAAUAUAUCCUACAGCUUGGGCUGUGGUUAACUUAGAGAAUGAUCUUUCUUGGACUUGGUUUUUUCGUCAAUUACUCAAUGUAGUGCCAAAUACAAAUGAGUUAUCCAUCAUAUCAGACAGAAAUGCCAGCAUAAAGAAAGCAAUUGCUACAGUUUACGAUCAAGCUCAUCACGGAGUAUGUACCAGGCACCUUGGGGAAAAUAUUCGUACAAACUUCCAUGCUGGUUCUUCAAUCCUUGGUCUAUACUAUGACGCAUCGAAUCGAAGAGUUCAAUGA